CCGUACCCGAUCCAAAUCGAUUUCAUGAACGCGCUCUAUCAGUUUCUGGACAAGGGAGGCGUUUCCAUGCUCGAAAGCCCCACUGGGACGGGAAAAUCUCUAAGCAUCAUCUGCAGUGCUCUACAGUGGCUGAUUGACCGUAAGGAGAAAGCAAAAGCAGGAGUGACGGAAUCCGAGAAGGUCGAUUGUGAGGGAUUCUCCUACGACGAGCCCGAUUGGAUGAGAGAUUUUAGCUUCAACGAUGACAAGACCAUCAAAAUCAGCAAACCCCCAUUCCGGCCCAAGGAAAGAGUUCCCCGAGUUUUCUCGCAAGUGGAGGUUUCUCUAAGGAAACACGAAGCUGAGUUAAACGAUGACGAGUUUUUGCUGGACAAUUACGAAAGCGAAGAGGAUUCUUCAUCUUCAAAGAGAAAACCCUCAGGCGGUUUUGAGAGCUCAUCGGAGGAGGAGGAAGAUGGCAAGGAGUGCUCGGAUGACGAAGACGGGCUCAAGGUUUUCUUUUGCAGCCGAACACACUCGCAGCUUUCGCAAUUUGUCAAGGAGUUGAGGAAGACUGUGUUUGCCCAGAAAAUCAAAGUUGUAUGCCUAGGCUCGCGAAAGAACAUGUGCAUAAAUGAAGAUGUUCUUAAGCUUGGCAAUGUGGCCCGAAUCAACGAGAGGUGCUUGGAUCUGCAAAAGAAGAGGAAAUCUCAAGUCUCUAAAAAGAAGAAUUUAGGUACAAAUGUAAGGGUAGGACGAACCAAAGCAUCUUGCAGAUGCCCAAUGCUUAGAAAACAUACUCUACAGAGAGAAUUCAAGGCUGAGGUUUCUCAACAAGAAGCCAUGGACAUUGAGGAUCUUGUUCAGCUUGGACGAGAAAUGGGGACUUGUCCAUACUAUGGUUCUAGAAGAAUGGCCCCGGCAGCUGAUCUUGUUAUUCUUCCAUACCAGUCCCUUCUUUCAAAGUCGUCCCGAGAAAGUCUCGGCCUAAGCUUGAAAAACAAUGUUGUCAUCAUAGACGAGGCUCACAAUUUGGCGGACACUCUUCUCAGUAUGCACGACGCAAAAGUUACUGUGUCACAGUUGGAGGAUGUACGUAGCAGCAUAGAGAAUUAUCUGGGAAGAUUCCUGAAUCUCUUGGGGGCUGGAAACCGUAGAUAUAUCCAAACUCUGUUGAUUCUCAUCCAAGCUCUCCUCAAACCUCUGGCCAGUGACAGGAGCGUAAAUGAUAGGCUUGAUACUGGGAAUCCCUCUAAAAGCAAGCCUUCUGGUGGUUGCUCGAUGGCUAUAUAUGACUUUUUAUUCUCUCUGAAUAUAGACAAUAUCAAUCUGGUCAAGUUACUCGCCUAUAUAAAGGAAAGCAAUAUCAUUCAUAAGGUCAGCGGAUAUGGGGAGAGAGUUGCUAUGUUGCAGAAAGAUCCAGUGACCCAUGAGGAAAUGAGCAAGUUAACGAGUUUUAGAGCGUUUACUGAUAUUUUGGUGGCACUCACUCAUAACAACGGUGAUGGGCGGAUAAUAAUCUCAAAGAUGAGGACGGACUCUACCUCUGGCCAACAAGAAGGGUACAUUAAAUAUGUCAUGCUCACUGGAGCCAAGUUAUUUUCGGAGGUGGUGGAUGAAGCUCAUGCUGUCAUAUUGGCCGGUGGGACUCUUCAACCCAUAGAAGAGACAAGAGAACGACUCUUUCCAUGGCUACCAUCAAAUCAGCUACAGUUCUUCUCAUGUAGUCACAUUGUUCCCCCUGAGAGUAUAAUGCCAAUCGCAGUUUCACAUGGUCCGUCUGGUCAGUCUUUUGACUUUAGCCACCGUUCAAGAAGCUCGAAAGAAAUGAUACAGGAGUUGGGACUGUUAAUGAGUAACCUGGUGGCAGUGGUUCCGGAAGGAGUGGUCGUCUUCUUCUCCUCCUUUGAGUAUGAAACACAGGUGCACACAGCGUGGAGUAGCUCAGGGAUACUCGGAAGAAUAAUGAAGAAGAAGCGUGUGUUUAGAGAACCGAGAAGAAACACUGAAGUAGAAGCUGUUCUCAGAGAGUACAAGGAAGCAAUAGAAAGCGAAAGAGGGGCAAUAAUGCUAGCUGUGGUUGGUGGGAAGGUGUCAGAAGGAAUCAACUUCAGCGACGGCAUGUGUCGGUGUGUUGUGAUGGUUGGUCUGCCAUAUCCCAGCCCAUCUGACAUUGAGCUGUUAGAGAGGAUAAAGCAUAUAGAAGGUCUUGGGGAUUCAGGUUGCCUGGCUUUGGUUGACGAUUCUUACUAUAGUGGAGAUGUUGAAGAAGGGUUUGGGGUACUAAGGAGCUGCAAACGGAGAGGGAAAGAGUACUAUGAGAAUCUGUGUAUGAAAGCAGUGAACCAAUCAAUCGGUAGAGCAAUCAGGCACGUAAAGGAUUAUGCAGCCAUUUUACUGGUAGAUGCUCGAUACUCCAAUGAUCCUUCCAAAAGAACAUCUCAUCCUCAUCCAUCCAGCAAGCUCCCAAAGUGGAUCAAAGAUAGUCUUAUUUAUUCCACCAAAGGCUACGGAGACGUUCACAGACUGCUGCACCAAUUCUUUAAACAUAAAACUUCAUCCUAA